GAUCCUUUUCUGUAACCUUCAAAAUUUUCCCUCACUUUCCAUUUCCAAGAUCAAAAUCUCUAUUUUUAUUUUCAAAUAUUUGCGCUUUUAUUUUUUCCCGUUUAUGGGUAUUUUUGUGCUGGCACUUGGGGGUGAAAUUUUGGGUCUGUAAGUGCAAGUUUUCACUGACCUAGGAAUUUUCAAUCAGCUUUUUCUUUCUACCAUUGGUAAUGGAAGCUCAAAGUGAAAUUGAGGUUACAAAGCAGAACAAGAUGCUUCCUCCACAACCGGGUACAUUUGAAGAUCGUGAAGACCUCAUCAAAUAUGUUCGUGAUUUUGGUGCUAGUCAAGGAUAUGUGGUGACCAUCAAGAAGUCGAGGAAAGACAGAAGAGUCAUACUUGGUUGUGAUAGAGGAGGUGUUUAUCGCAAUAGGCGUAAAAUUGAUGAAAGCAAGCGCAAAAGGAAAGCAAGUUCACGCCUUAUAAAUUGUCCUUUUGAAGCCGUUGGGAAAAAGGAAGAUGAUUUAUGGGUACUUACAAUAAAAAAUGGGGAUCACAACCAUGAUGCGUUAAAGGACAUGUCAGAGCAUCCGUAUAGUCGUCGUUUCACUGAGGAAGAGAUCAGACAAAUCAAGCAAAUGACUGAAGCAGGUGUGAAACCACGUCAAGUUCUUAAGACUCUCAAGCAAAUCAAUCCUGAACUGCAGUCAACACCAAGGCAUUUGUAUAACCUCAAAGCCAAGAUCCGUCAAGGAAAUCUAUCAGAAAAAAGUUUCAAGUCAUGGAGACCUGACAGAUCUGCUCUGGUGAGUACAAGUGCUACUACCAGUGGGGGGUCAUCAGAACAAAACAACCAACCGCUGAAGGUUCCUAAUUUUAUUGGAGGGAAAUUUGUUGAUUCUCAAGGGUGUUCAAUCAUUGAUGUAGUAAAUCCUGCAACACAAGAGGUUGUUUCUCAUGUUCCUUUAACUACCUAUGAAGAGUUCAAAGCUGCAGUUAGUUCAGCCAAGCAGGCUUUUCCGUCGUGGAAAAACACUCCUAUUACCACUCGUCAACGUAUCAUGUUUAAGCUCCAGGAGCUCAUUCGGAGAGAUAUCGACAAGCUUGCCAUGAAUAUCACUAUAGAACAGGGUAAGACGUUGAAGGGUGCCGAGAAUGAUGUGCUCCGUGGCUUAGAGGUGGUUGAACAUGCUUGUGGGAUGGCAACUCUACAAAUGGGGGAGUUUGUUCCUAAUGCAUCUAAUGGUAUUGAUACAUACUGCAUUAGGGAACCACUAGGUGUUUGUGCCGGGAUAUGCCCUUUCAACUUUCCAGCAAUGAUUCCCUUGUGGAUGUUCCCAAUUGCAGUUACAUGUGGCAAUACAUUUGUUCUUAAGCCAUGUGAAAAUAAUCCAGGGGCUUCAAUGAUACUUGCAGCACUUGCAAGGGAGGCUGGUUUACCCAAUGGUGUCUUAAAUAUUGUUCAUGGCACCCAUGACGUUAUUAAUUAUGUAUGUGAUGAUGAUGACAUAAAAGCUGUAUCACUUGUUGGCUCAAAUACGGCUUGGAUGCACAUAUAUGCGAGGGCAGUUGCUAGGGGAAAACGUGUUCAGUCUAAUAUAGGAGGAAAAAAUCAUGCAAUCAUCAUGCCUGAUGCUAGCAUGGAUGCUACUUUGAAUGCUCUGGUUACUGCUGGCUUUGGUGCUGCAGGACAAAGGUGUAUGACUCUCAAUACAGCUGUUUUUGUUGGAGGUUCAAGGCCAUGGGAAAGCGAAAUUUUGGAGCAUGUCAGAGCCCUUAAAGUGAAUGUAGGAACAGAUCCCAGUGCAGACCUUGGCCCAGUUAUUACAAAAGAGGUGAAGGAUUGCAUUUGCAGAUUAGUUCAGAGCAGUGUUGAAAGUGGUGCUAGACUUCUGCUUGAUGGGAGAAAUGUUAGGGUUCCAGGAUAUGAGAAUGGAAAUUUUAUAGGUCCUACAAUCUUAUGUGAUGUUACAACCAACAUGGAUUGCUUUAAGGAAGAAAUUUUUGGACCAGUUCUUCUUUGCAUGCAGGCUGCCAGCCUAGAAGAGGCCAUAUCAAUUAUAAACAGAAACAGGUAUGGUAACGGAGCUUCCAUAUUCACAACAUCCGGCAUUGCUGCAAGGAAGUUCCAGAAUGAAGUUGAGGCAGGGCUGGUUGGAAUCAAUGUCCCUGUUCCAAUUCCAUUGCCAUUUUCUUCAUUUGAUGGAUCUAAGGCAUCUUUUGGUAGCGAUCUCAAUUUUUGUCGUAAGGCAGGUGUGCAAUUUUACACCCAGAUCAAGACGGUUGCGCAGCAGUGGAAGGAUUUACCUAGCUUAGAAGUGUCGCUACCUCUGCCUCCAUCAUCUGAGACAGAUCUGACCGGUAGAGGCGUGUCUUCAGCUUUGCCUUCAACAUCUGAGAGAGAUUCACCUAGCCAAAGAGUGUCACCAGACAUGCACCCAGAAUCUGAGAGUGAUUCACCAAGUCAUGGAGCUCCACUGUCCAUCACUCCCACGUCUGAGGCAGAUCUACCGAACCCAGGAGUCUUAUCCGUGUCUCCAACUGCUUACAGGAAUUUGUCUAGUCAAGGAGUGCCCCUUGUCAGGCCAGCAACAUCUGAGAGAGAUCUAUCCAGUGCAGAGAUCUCACUAGCUACGCAUCCAGAACCAGAAAGAGAUAUACCAAGUCAAGGUGUGUCAAUGAGACCGACCCAGAGUUCAGAGAGGAUGUAUAUGCCUCAAACAUCUCGUUGGAUGGAAGCGUCAAGACUAACACCUAGAAGGACUGAGAAUAUGCCUCAAACUUCUCAUUGGAUGGAAACCUCAAUACCAGCAUCUCAAAGGACUCAAAAUAUUCCAAGUUCUGAAAGGAAUCAUGUGCCUACAUCUCAAAGGAAUGGCAACAAGGCACUGACAUCUCAAAGGACUGAUACUUCUAUGGCAUUGACUUCUGGGAGGGUAUAUGUGCCUGCCUCUCAUGAAAACAUGGUUCCGAUUUCACACAGAAAUGACGGGAUAAGUGCAACAUCUCAAAGAAUGGAUACAACACUACAUCCAGCUUCGGAGAGGGUAUGCAUGCUGGCAGGAUCUCACCUGAAUGACAGUAUGGGCCAAACAUUUCAAAGGAAUGACACCACCAUGUUUUCAACAUCUGAGAGGCUAUACAUGCCUGAAACAUCUCAUCGGCAUGACCACAUGGGUUCAACAUCUCAGAGAACUGAUAUUACUCUACAUCCAACUUCGGAGAGGAUAUACAUGUCCACAGCAUCUCAAAGGAAUGACGACUUGGCUGUGGCCUCUCAACGUGCCGAUGCUGUUCCUUCCACCUCGGAAAGAUUAUAUAUGUCUCCAUUGGUUCAGAGAAAUCCUGGUAUGUCACCAACAUCCGAGAGAUUAUAUAUUCCGGGUGCACCUCAGAGGAUGUUCCCUCAAAACUCGAUGGUUUCGAUGGAUGAAUUUCCCAGUCAAGGAGCAUCACUGACUUUACCGACCUCUCAGAGGAUAUAGGGUAGACCCUAGUGCUUGUUUUACUUUUUAGGAAUCGGUAGACUAUAAUCCCACUAUAAUGCAAAAUAAGUUUUGCUUUUUUGGCUAAGCAGUUUCUCUUCUAUAUUA